AUGCUACAUAUAGUUCGCAGAAAAUGCAUUUUACUAUGCACUUGUUUUAUUGUCCUCAUUUUGUUGAAGCCGUCUGCAAGCUCUCAAAUUUCCGCUAGACAAAGGCAAGAUGGUCUACCACUGGGACGCGGACCUCAUGGCAGGCCCUUAGACGGAAUUACUGGGCAGGAAGUCCCUUGGGAAGGGGUAUGGAAACCUGAAAUUGUGGAAGUCCCAUUCGAACAACCAUUACCGAGUAGAAUCGACGCUUUAGACGAUAACAUUAUUGGUAUUAUUGACCAUAGAAGUAAUGAAUCUUCUGGUGAAGUAAUGCUGGUGAACGGCGCUGUUCGGAACGAAGGCACAGUAGUCAUUAACGUCAAAGGACGAUGGGGCGUUAUUUGUGAUGACAAUUGGACAUUGAAGGAGGCCAAUGUGGUAUGCAGACAACUUGGAUAUCAUUAUGCAAUGAGAGCCACAAGUCGAGAUUACUUCAAUACUAGAGGACAGUGUAAGUGCUAA